AUGACCGCCAGUGGUACUUUUGGAGAUUUCUUUCUUAGCACACUAUAUUCUUGUGUUGAUUGUGAUGACUAUCAGAAUUUCAUUCAUGUUUUUGCUCCAAUUGAAGCUCAUGUACUGUGGUGCAGGGACUUUGUUAAAGGACCCAGGCUGUAUCAUCUUGGACUGGGAAGGAUUCCUUGUGGAAUCAAGGAAUUUGUGAAGUACCUGCAACUGCUGGAGCUUGAUCUUUGCUCAAUCAAUAAUACAAUUCUCUAUUUCUCUUUAUACAUUAAAUUUCUACAUGGUAUCAGAGCAGGUUUAGAACCUAAUAUUUUCGCUUCACCGGCGGGCGGCAACCUCACCUUAGCCGUCCGCCGGACCUUAACCUAUUCCGUUUCUUUUCUACACAUUCUGAACAUUGACAAAGGUGACGACACGGCAACACCAGGGACGCCGGGUGGACCAUUGAUAUCGUCGAUCCGAGUGGACUCGCUAUCGUAUACUGAUCGGAAGUUAAGGCCGGGAUGCAAGUGCUUGCCCGUUGAAGCUCCUUCCUGGGGUGCUCCUCACACCUGCCUCUUAGAUUUCCCUGCUCCCGAUGUCUCGCUCACCCGGAAGCUGGGAGCAGAGUUCGUGGGGACAUUCAUACUGAUAUUCGCGGCAACGGGAGGACCAAUCGUGAACCAGAAAUACAACGGAGUAGAGUCACUGAUUGGGAACGCAGCAUGCGCUGGUUUGGCAGUGAUGAUAGUGAUUCUGUCUACUGGUUGCAACCAUGAAACAAGAAGAGAAUAUUCCAAAUGGAUCUGGAAGCUAAGCCUGACCAUUAGCAUCAACAUCUUGUGUCUAAAGUACACAAACUGAUUUUCUCUCUUCUCUCUCUCAGCAAACCCAGCA